UCAGUCCCUGGGGGUGAAGAGCGCCUCCUUUGGGCCAUGGCGGCGGCUGGGGAUCCCGGCCAGCAGUGGGCGGAGGAGGUGGCGGCGGUGGUAGUGGUGGGCUCCUGCAUGACCGACCUGGAGGUUGGCAAAGAUUCUUUUGGCAGUGACUAUAUAGAAAACUUAAAACAGAACGAUAUUUCUACAGAAUUUACAUAUCAGACUCAAGAUGCUGCUACAGGAACUGCUUCUAUAAUUGUCAAUAACGAAGGCCAGAAUAUCAUCAUUAUAGUGGCUGGAGCAAAUUUACUUUUGAAUACUGAAGACCUGAAGAAAGCAGCUACGACCAUUAACAAAGCCAAAGUCAUGAUCUGCCAGUUAGAAAUAACUCCAGAAACAUCUUUGGAAGCCCUGACAAUGGCCCACAGCAAUGGAGUGAAAACAUUGUUCAAUCCAGCUCCUGCUAUUGCUGACCUGGACCCUCGCUUCUACACGCUUUCAGAUGUGUUCUGCUGCAAUGAAACUGAGGCUGAGAUCCUAACUGGCCUGGCAGUCGGCAGCCCUGCAGAUGCUGGGAAGGCUGCGCUGGUGCUCAUGGAGAGGGGCUGCCACGUGGUCAUCGUCACCUUAGGUGCUGAAGGAUGUGUGAUGCUGUCACAGACAGAACCUGUCCCAAAGCACAUUCCCAUUGAGAAAGUUAAGCCUGUGGAUACCACGGGUGCUGGUGACAGUUUCGUGGGGGCUUUGGCCUUCUACCUGGCUUACUACCCACAUCUGUCCUUGGAAGAAAUGCUCAAGAGAUCCAAUUUCAUCGCUGCAGUCAGCGUCCAGGCUGCAGGAACACAGUCAUCUUAUCCAUACAAAAAAGACCUGCCACUUGAUCUGUUUUGAUUACUACUAACCCUAAAAUAAACGUACCUGGAAAUAAAAUGUACUUGGGGGAGGGAGGUGGCUCCUCUUAGCCAGCAGCUUACUAUAAAAUACCCUCUUCUCCUUUAUUUGCAAAUAUGUUCAUUUAUGAAGUCAUCCUCCAGCUUUCAUUUAUUCUUUUAUAAUGAUGAUUUCUUUGCUCUUUAUGUAUUUGCAAGAGCCAACCAAAAUUAAGAUCCCAUGCCCGGGAACUAUACAAACAUUAGCACCAGCAGGAACCAGCAAACUCACUAGCCAACAGAUUAUGAACACUGUGUGUCCACCAUAGAUCAAGGGUUGUGGAUAACAAUAUCUAGAGUCGGGAGCAGAGAAUGUUAAAUAAAGGGGGCACAUGGACUGUUCAAGCAGUCCCUAAGAGGGACAGCUGAUAUUCAGCCUUAGUGUUGCCAAAGCUUGUUUUGCCAGGGAAGCCAGAAGCUUGGAUGUUCAUUGAAAUUUUA